AUGGGCUCCCGUGCAAAAUAUUCGAGCGCGAUGUUGACCGAUCUAUCCGCCGUAAGAGUGGCUCGUUAGACAUUCAUGAAAAUUCAGGACAGCAAGCUUUGCGCGAAGUGGGUUUGUAUGAGGAUUUCCUCGCCCGCGCCCGACCUGAAGUCGAGGUGCUUAAGAUCUUCAAUCCACAUGGAGAGCUUUUGAUGGACGAAGAAAAGAAUAGUGGCAGUACACAUCCGCAAUGGGCGCCCUGA